AUGGAGAGUCCACGAGACCACCAGCCUGAACGACCAACUCCAGCUCCUGUGACACCUCUACUCUUCACCUUACCUGCCGAGAUACGCUUGAAGAUAUUCGGCUUCUGCGUCCCCCGAAAAUGCGUCAUCAAAGUAUCAAGCGCGAUGUACCGGCCUUACGGGGUCGAACCUCUGGUUUCUACGCGUGGCCCGUCCGAAGAGGACCGGUUCCUCAAUACCAGGCCUCGCUGGACUAACGUCUUACAUGUUUCAAAACAAAUGAGCGAUGAAUGCCUGAACAUCCUUUAUGGCGAGAACUUGUUCGAAGUCUACCUGAGCAAACGAGCAGAAGCUACACUCAAGAAAACCUUCAGCAAACAAAAUAUCCAGCGGAUCCGAUUCAUGGUCGUCAUCGAUCCAGGCCCAUGUUUUCCCGGGGAACUGAACCCACCCGAUAUCCCUUUCUGGGCCAUGACUGUCCCAAACUUGAAGUUGUUUGAAUGGGUAACGCAGCCAGACAAGAAAACUGAGCGGUACACCAGCGAUCUUGUGAUGAGGCAGAGACUGGAGGGUUGGAUGGAAUGGACAGAUGCCUACUUGGACUGCUUCAGCGAAUUUAUGGUGGACGGAGUGGAGUUCAAGAUGAGCCUUGACAAAGGAGAUGGUAACUACAGGCGGAUUGGAAGACUUUCUUUCCGGCGAGGACCUUUUUUCAGGAAGGAUGAACAGUAG